CCACUAUUUAACCUUCAGUGGUUCCUCAUUCUGAUGUAGUAAAAAAAUCCUUUUCAUUUGCAGCUUUUUACAUUGCAUGUAUGAUGCAAAAAUGCCACUGCCCAAAAGCACCUCACAGUAAACAAUAUAAAUGCCACACGCAUUUAUAUUGUGAAGGCACUCCAAUAGCAGCAACCAGAAAGGAAGUGAUUUCUCCAAGACCUUUCAAAACAUUUUGUUUCAAACGGAGACAAUUAUGACUGUCCGAUUGGGAACCCUCUUUGUGAUUUUUAAGAUAUUGUCUUGUGGAUUUGCAGAGGAGUCUCCAUGUACACCUGGUUUUGAGUCAAAGCUGCUGGUUGUUAAAGUCCACAAAGAUCACCUUCACAAAGGAGAGAGACUCGGGAGAGUCGUAUUUAGCACAUGUGAUGGAAGAACAGGAAUAGAUUUUCAGUCCACUGAUCAGGAGAUUGAUCUGAACAUGGAUGGGACUCUGAUGAUGAGGAGGUCAGUGACUCUUCAUGAAGGCCUCAAGGAGUUUUCAGUGUCUGCAUGGGACUUCAGUGGCAAGAAGCACACAGUCUUUGUCAGAGUUGAGCGUGUCGAUUAUCAUAAGGAUCAUGACGUGAAUACAUUAAUGAAUACUUCCUCUGUACAGACGAAAUCUCUCUCUGAUGAUCUAAUUUUGAUAUUCCCAAAGUCUUCAUUGGGUUUAAAUAGAGCAAAGAGAUGCUGGAUUUUACCUCCAUUAACAUUACAUGAGAAUGGCAAAGGUCCUUUCCCAAUGAGGCUGUUCCAGAUAAAGUCAGAUUCUGCUUCUGAAACUCCAAUGGCAUACAAGAUCACUGGUGAAGGAGCAGAUCAGGACCCUAAGGGAAUUUUUCAAAUAGACAGACUAUCAGGAUGGGUCAGUGUAACUCAGCAACUUGACAGAGAAAAAAAAGCUUCAUACAAACUUGUAGCUCAUGCCACUGGAGUGGAUGCGAAUAUAGUGGAAAAGCCAUUCGAAUUUAUUGUAACUGUGAUGGAUCAAAAUGAUAAUAAGCCAGUGUUUACUCAAAACCCUUUCAAUGCAAAUGUUCCUGAAGCUUUGGAAAAGGGUGAAGUGUUUAUGACGGUCACAGCCACUGAUGCAGAUGAUAAAGAAAAUACUGACAAUGCUGAUAUCAGUUAUGCCAUUAUCAGCCAAGAUCCACCAUCUCCAAAACCAAACAUGUUUGCUAUCAAUCCUGUAAGUGGAGGGAUUUCUAUGCUGGAAACAGGCCUGGACAGAGAGCAAUGGUCCAGUUAUACUUUGGUUAUUACGGCUACUGAUAUGAACGGAGAGGGUGGGUCAACCACUGGCACAGCAGUUAUUACUGUUACAGACAGCAAUAAUAAUGCACCUCUGUUUGAGCAAACCUUGUACACUGUAUCUGUCCCAGAGAAUCAAGUUGGGGCUGAAGUGGCCAAACUUCCAGUUACUGAUGGAGAUGAACCUGAAUCAACAGCUUGGUCAACCAAGUAUCGAGUCAUUGGUGGUGACAAGGGUGGGUUUUUCAAUGUCAGCACUGGACCCAGCCGUCUUGAGGGCGUCAUCACCACUGUAAAGCCCCUGAACUAUGAGAAGAACAAGCAGUACAUUCUGUCUGUGAUCGUUGUGAACGAUGAUAAAUUUGUUGGUCCUUUGCCUACUUCAACUGCCACAGUCACUGUGAAUGUAGAAGAUGAGAACGAGCCGCCUGAGUUUAAUCCAAAGGAGAAGUUUAUUUCCAAACCUGAAGAUUUACCUGUUGGUAGUGAUUUGGUGAAUUACACAGCCACUGAUCCUGACACUGAAAAAAAGCAAAAGAUAAUUUAUAGAAUUGGCAAUGAUCCUUCUGGCUGGCUCAGUGUAACAGAUGCUGGACAGAUUCAAGUCAAGAAACCUAUGGAUCGAGAAAAUCCCAGUGUCAAGGAUGGCAAAUACAAAGCUGUUAUUUUGGCUUUGGAUGAUGCUGAUACUCCAACAACUGGCACAGGAACACUGGUAAUUGAGCUGCAGGAUGUAAAUGACAAUGCUCCGGUUAUUCACGAAAGGACCAUAGAAUUGUGCAAUCAAGAUUCAGGCCCAGUGCUUCUCUCUAUAACGGACAAUGAUGGACCUCCUUUUGCUGGUCCCUUCACAGUUGAGCCCCAAGGUGAUACUAGUAAAAACUGGUCUGUGUUUUUCAAUGAAACCGGUCAUUAUCUAAGUCUCAAGCCUCAAUCUCAGUUGGAGCAGCGUGAAUACAAUUUAGUCCUGAGAGUUACUGAUCGGGAGGGUCAAUCUCAGGAGAGUGCCAUUCAAGCAAGUGUGUGUGACUGCAAAGGAGAGGCAUUCCAAUGUACUAACAAACAAGUAGCAGGGGUUCCACUGUUAGGUUUUCUUGGCAUUCUGGGAGGGAUCUUGCUCUUUGUUCUGCUCAUUUUAAAGUUGUACAUCCUUCCUCGGUACUUGCUCUUCUUCUCCUCAUGUUCCUGCAGAGGAAAAACAACACCCCUCCUUUCAGUAGAUGAUGUAAGAGUCAACAUCUGCUAUGAUGAUGAGGAAUGCGGUGGAGAAGGUGAUCAGAAUUGAUCAGAAAUGAAUGUCAUUGUUUAUUACUUUGCUCUUAAGAGGCUCUUAAUUUUAACUGCUGAUAAGUGUGACGUCACGCAAAGCGGCUUCCGGGUCCAAGCGCUCUGUCCAUUCAACUGUAUGGGGAGACUCAUGAAA